GCGCAUAAUGGCGUAUGUGUAUGUAGGUAUAUUUGAUGCAUAAAUUGAUCUACCAUCAUUUAACUUACUUUUGUUUCAUUGCUUAAAAGGUCAUGCUUCUGCAACUACAUAUACAGCUGAUUGCUUAUCUUUGAAGUAAGUGAGUCCUGAAAAACUUCGGCCCAUGUUGCCAAUGGGACCCGGGCCUAUCCCUAUGAUGGAUACUUGGUGAGUGAAGCAGACUCUAAACCCCUUAUCGAGUCAGACAAGACGCUUGCUGAAAGCAUAGGCAAAGUUAAAGUGCGUUGUCUCUAUCACAUAAGUGGAUGCACAUGGGAAGGUCCCUUGUCUAAAUGCACUUCCCAUUGUUCUGGAUGUUCCUUUGGGAAUUCUCCAGUUAUAUGCAAUAGAUGUGGAGUCCAGAUUGUGCAUCGACAAAUGCAUGAACAUGCUCAGAGUUGUCCUGGUGUAUAUCCUGCACAACAGGCAGCUAAUGGUGCCCAAGAUAAUCCUAGCUUUGGAGCAGCCACAACUGCUGCUGGUGAUGACUCGAAUCAGACUACAACUCAUUCAGGAAUUCCAGCUUCUCAAACACCAAAUCCUCAAAGCACUACUGCUUCCCUUCUUCAUGGACAAGAUCCUAAUCAGCAGACAAGUGCCAGCUCUCAGGCUCCUGCUACAACUUCAGCUGGUGUGCCUACUUCAGAUCAGUGGUAUCAGCAACAAUAUCAACAGUAUUUUCAGCAAUAUGCUGGAUAUGAUCCUUAUCAACAGCAAACUUAUCAACAAUACUAUCCCUAUCAGCAACAAUCCGUCCAACAAUAUUAGCAACAACCUCCAAAUUACAUGCAGCCACCAGCACAACUCCAGACCCCAAUCCCAGGACAGCCUCAAUCCCAGCCCCAGCCGCAACCAUUGAAUCCUCAACCUCAACCUCAAAUGCAAGCUCUACCUAAAGGGCCAACUCAACCACAGGUUCAAGCUAUGGCUCAGAUCAAAACCAGGUUCAAGUCAACCCACAGCAGUAGUUUCCACCUACUGGGCAUUCUCAUACCUAAAUUCCAUCACAAAUAUUUCCAGCUUCUCAUGCUCAGCCACCUACUCAGCCUCCGCCAUAUCCUCAGCCCUAUCCGAUGCAACCUCAUUCACAACACCAUGUGCAGGUGCCACAGUAUCAGCAGCAUCCCACCCAGGUUCACCCCCCCCAGUCUUCUCAAGCCCAACCGCAGCCGUUUGUGCAUCAACCUCAUUCACAACUUCAACCGCAGAUAAGUGUUCAAUAUCAUCAACAAUCUCAUGGCCAAUUGCGCCCCCCUCAGGCUGGCCAACCUGCUCAUGGACAGACUCAGACCCUCCAUUCAACAGCCAAUGCUGUUUCAGGGUACAAUUCCUAUCCACAGCCCCAACCCAUGCAUCAAAUGCCUAUAGGGUUUACACAGCAAACUCCAAUACGUCCACAUCCUACUAGUGGGCCUAUUCCUCCAAUUCAAUCUCAUAGUCAGGUUCCUCAACAACCUCCUUUGCGCACCAAUAAGCAAUGGGGCUUGGUACGUUCUCAAGGUCCAACUCCUUUAUCCUGCUCCACAAGCAGGGCAUUUAAUUCAGCAACAUCCUAUUCAGCCUAAUCAACAGCCAAUGUCUCGGCAAUACAGUCAACAACAGGCAUUUCCUGGUCCAUUGCAGAGUCAGUCACACCAACAGGGUCAUCUUACUCACCAGCAGCCUUUGCAGUCUCAGUUUCGCCCGCAAGGUCUUCCAGUCUUUCAAAGUAUAUCUAUGACAUUUUAGUUCAAGAAUUGAAAUAGUAAUCAAGAUGAAACUUCGGUUGUUUGUAUGGAAUUAACCGCUGUUUGAAAAAAGCUUAUUCUCAUAUCGUUCUUGAAUCGGACUUA